CAGGGCUGCGAUACUCAGUUUUUAUUUGUGAAAAAAAUAUGUAAAAUGCUCUUGCGUUUCAAAGUGAAUUGGUAAUUUUAGCAACAGGCCGGAUCCACCGCAACUAAAAGCCACAUAGCGACAUCAGCACACCCAGCAGGCCCCAUCCGAUUGCUGGAGAGGAGCAGAGAGCGCGUGCUAAAUGCAGACGCAUGUGUUACGCAGUGCCGUGUUAUCUCCCUCGUCAUUGCCGUCGCCGCCACCGCCACAAUAAUCGGUCGUCGUCGUCCAUCGAGUGCUCCUAGGACCUGAAGUGCAUUCAAAAACAACAUAAAACUGGAAGAGUGCGCCCCCUGGUAGCCAUGAGUUUUUCCAGCGACGAGGUAAACUUUCUUGUUUACCGAUAUCUGCAGGAGUCGGGCUUUCUGCAUUCCUCGUACGUGUUUGGCAUCGAGUCACACAUCUCGCAGAGCAAUAUUAAUGGAGCCCUGGUGCCGCCGGCUGCGCUGCUCACCAUUCUACAGAAGGGUCUGCUCUACACAGAGGUGGAGUGGAGCGUGGGCGAGGAUGGUGAGGUGGCGCGCCCCAUUGAGGGGCUAUCCCUGAUCGAUGCUGUGAUGCCGGAGGUGAAGCCGCCCAAGCCGGUGGUCAAAACGGAGCCGGGCAAACCCGGCGUUGACUCCACAGCGCCGGCAGCCACAAAUGCCAACAGCAAUGUGAAGGUUGAGAUCAAGGUGGAGCCCGGCACGGCGAAUGCGGGCGCCACAAAGUCAUCCAGCAGCACCACGGGCACCACAACGCCCACAGAGUCCACCAAUGAGGUGGAUUCCAGUGGGAGUGCCGCAGCCACUGCCAAUAACGCAGGGAGCGGAGCAAGCAACGGAAAUGGAACCCAGGCAGCCACUGCCGGCUCCACCAAUGCCACAGCCCCAGCGGCCGGUGAUUCCUCCGCCACAGCCGCCAGCGGAGCAAACAAAAAGGCCAACUCCAGUGAGCCCGGCAGUUCGUCGGCGGCGAACAAUGCGGGCAAUGCAAAUGCAACGAGCACAGACGACGCCGCCUCAUCCACAUCCACCAAUGGCAACAGCAACACCUCCAGCAGCGCCGAACAGCCGUCCAGUGGCGCAGCACCCGCCGGAGCCGCUGUCUCGACUUCCAAUCCCGAUACAGCGGCUGCUGCCGGAGGAGCCACAGCCGCGGGUGCCAAGGCAUCCACUGCGGCUGUCACAAUUCGAGUGGGUGCACAGCCCAACAAUGUAACGGCGGGAACAGCCACAGCGCAGAGCUCAGCUCCCAGUGGGACCAUCUCCUCCUCGACGGGCGGCACACCCGCACCCGUUGAGGCCAUGGAGAUUGAUCAGAGCAUCGAGAUACCCGAGUCCAAGGCACGCGUGCUGCGUGGCCAUGAGAGCGAGGUGUUCAUUUGUGCCUGGAACCCAAGUCGCGACCUGCUGGCCAGUGGCUCUGGCGACAGUACUGCCCGCAUCUGGGACAUGUCCGAUGCAAAUACCAAUUCCAAUCAGCUGGUGCUGCGGCACUGCAUCCAAAAGGGCGGAGCAGAGGUGCCCAGCAACAAGGAUGUCACAUCGCUGGACUGGAAUUGUGAUGGCUCGCUGCUGGCCACAGGCAGCUACGAUGGUUAUGCGCGCAUCUGGAAGACAGACGGACGGCUGGCUUCCACGCUAGGCCAGCACAAGGGACCGAUUUUCGCGCUCAAGUGGAACAAAAGCGGCAAUUACAUUCUUUCCGCCGGCGUGGACAAAACAACAAUCAUCUGGGACGCCUCCACGGGUCAGUGCACGCAACAAUUUGCCUUCCAUAGUGCACCCGCCCUGGACGUUGAUUGGCAGACAAAUCUGGCAUUUGCCUCGUGCAGCACGGAUCAACGGAUACACGUGUGUCGGCUGGGCGUGAAUGAGCCCAUCAAGACGUUCCGUGGGCACACCAAUGAGGUGAAUGCCAUCAAGUGGUGUCCGCAGGGACAGCUACUGGCCUCCUGCUCCGAUGAUAUGACACUGAAGAUCUGGAGCAUGAAUCGGGAUCGCUGCUGUCACGAUCUGCAGGCGCAUUCCAAGGAGAUUUACACGAUAAAGUGGUCGCCCACGGGGCCGGGCACAAAUAAUCCGAAUACGAAUCUUAUUCUCGCCUCGGCAUCCUUCGAUUCCACGGUGCGACUGUGGGACGUAGAGCGGGGCAGCUGCAUUCACACGCUCACCAAGCACACGGAGCCCGUCUACUCGGUGGCCUUCAGUCCCGAUGGCAAACAUCUGGCCUCGGGCAGCUUCGACAAGUGUGUGCACAUCUGGAGCACGCAAACCGGACAGCUGGUGCACAGCUACAAGGGCACUGGUGGCAUUUUCGAGGUCUGCUGGAACUCCAAGGGCACCAAAGUGGGCGCCAGUGCCUCCGACGGCAGCGUUUUUGUGCUCGAUCUGCGGAAGUUCUGAUCCACGGCACUCAAUGGCGUUGUGGAUACGCUAACAGCGCCAGCACGCGUCCAGGAGAUUCUGAGUUUUGUCUAUUAAAAAAAAAAACGCUUCUAUGUAAACUGUAAACAUCCCCGAACACCCAGAAACACACCUUCAAAACGGAGCUGCUUGGACUCUCUUUUGUUCCCAUGAAGCAAUAUCCAUUUCAUGUGUACCUGCAGAGAUGUCCAAGCGCUUUGGGUAACGAGUUUUCCCCUCCUUAUGCUUUUGUCCAAUGUCUUUCGUACGCUUAGUCACACAACGCGUUUUGCCCCCUCUGCUCGUUUUUAAUCUUAAUUGUAAGCUCUAUGAUUCUAAGAACUCCUCCCCGCCCCACACAAUUUUUAUACAGAAAUCGUUUAGUAUAACUUUAUGCAUUUUGUUAUUGUAUCGAUCGAGAGUGGAUGACGACGACGAACCCCCCUCUAAACCACUUCUAUAUAGUCUCUCCUGCUCCUAACUUCAUGCUGCCCUUUUACACUUAAGACUUAAAUCAUACGAGUACGAGUAUUGUCCCA